GCGGCGGGGCCUGAGCCGGGAUCUAGAGGCCCGGACCCCAGCCUGGGGAGCCCUCACGCGGUCCCCGAGCCGGUAAUGGUCUGAGCAGGCGUCGCGGCGGCCCGCUGCAUCUGCGCGCACCGGUAGGGACUGCGGGCGCCCGGCCCGGGAGCAGCGGCUGGGUCCUCGGCGGCGACUGCGACGGAGUCGGAGCCGGUCCUGGGCUCCUGCGUCUCUGCCUGUUUCUCCCUGUUGUGGAAGGAAGUGAAUGAUGUAACCAGCUGUACGGGCAGCUCCACAGGACCUCUCGGACCCCAUCUCCUUUCAGAGCUGCUUUUGAAGCUACUUGAAAAAGAUGAUGUGACAGUUCCUGUCCAAAAAGAUUUUUCAGAAACAUAGAACAUCUGUGGAGAAAGUGGCCCUUUUCCCCUUUUGCGAAGUAAGACAUUCCAAAAUUUCAAAAUGCCAGCCAAGACCCCAAUCUAUCUGAAAGCUGCUAACAACAAAAAAGGAAAGAAAUUUAAACUGAGGGACAUUUUGUCUCCUGAUAUGAUUAGUCCGCCCCUUGGGGACUUCCGCCACACCAUUCACAUCGGCAAGGAGGGCCAGCACGACGUCUUUGGAGACAUAUCCUUCCUUCAAGGGAACUAUGAGUUACUGCCUGGAAACCAGGAGAAAGCUCGCUUGGGCCAGUUCCCUGGGCACAACGAGUUCUUCCGAGCCAACAGCACUUCAGACUCCAUGUUCACAGAAACGCCCUCCCCAGUGCUCAAAAAUGCCAUCUCUCUCCCGACCAUUGGCGGGUCCCAAGCCCUCAUGUUGCCCUUAUUGUCACCCGUGACAUUUAAUUCCAAGCAAGAGUCCUUUGGGCCACCAAAGCUGCCCAGGCUCAGCUGUGAGCCUGUCAUAGAGGAAAGAGCUCAGGAGAAAAGCAGUCUGUUGGAGAAUGGUACCAUCCACCAGGGCGAUACCUCGUGGGGCUCCAGCGGCUCAGCAUCUCAGUCCAGCCAGGGCAGGGACAGCCACUCCUCCAGCUUGUCCGAACAGUAUGCCGACUGGCCAGCCGAGGAUAUGUUUGACCAUCCCGCCCCGUGCGAGCUCAUGAAGGGAAAGACUAAAUCCGAGGAGUCCCUCUCUGACCUGACAGGCUCUCUCCUCUCUCUGCAGCUCGAUCUUGGGCCCUCACUUUUGGAUGAGGUGCUGAAUGUCAUGGAUAAAAAUAAGUAACAGGAUGCUCUUUUUCCUUUGGGGCAAAAGGUACCAAAAGAAAGAAGAAAAAAAGACAACUAACCGCAGUUAAAGAAAAGAGCUUCCCUGGCUGUUUUUUGCAAUCAUCUGUUGCAUUUUCUAAAAUAAUAUUCCUAUUCCUACAAAAAUAUUUUUUUAACUGUUUGCAAAAGUAAUUUAGAAAAAAUAACAACAAAAAUCCUAUUGUGGCUAAAAAAGAGGAAGUGAGUCAGAGCCCAGUUUCGGGGACACUGCUAAUAUUCAACUCACAUUUUUUUGUUUGCAAACAUGUAAGAAAUCCAGCCUGGCUAGGAUUGGCACUGCCGGAAGGACUGGAUGAGUCCUUCUAAGCAACUUGACAGUUUCUGAGCAUGAGAAAGUCAAAUGUAUUUAACACCUAAGCCUUUUUUCUAGACUCUUUUGUAUAUUAUAUUGUUUGGACUCACCAUCACGAGUUCAGUGUUAAAACUUUUCUGUGUUUUCACAUUUGAGCAACUUUAAUGGGUUUUGGGAAUUUUCAUGUAGUUCUUACGUAUCUCAUAUAUUAUACUGUAUCUAUAUUGCAAAAUUUUGACUGUCAGCUACAUGUUGGUAAGAUACAAACAAGGUAUUACUGUAACUAAGUUAUUUUUAAAGUUAAAAUAUAUUUUUAUGUGCCUUUGGCUUUUUAUUGCAGAGUCUACAUUUUAUAGAUAAUAACAUCAAAUGCCGUUUGACUUGUUUCUGUAGGGAUUCCAUUGUAAGCCAUGGAUGUGUGUGUUUGGAGAAGUGUACUCAUACUUCGCUCCUUUUUCUUUUCAUUUCUUCAUCAUCUGUUAUCAUACUUCCGAGAGCAGCCAGCCAAGGAUUGUAACGUAAAAGGCACGGGUCACUCAAUGCUUCUGCAGAGACUGUGGGCUACACCACCUAAUGGUUUUUUUGUUUUUUGGGUUUUUUUGAAAUAUAGGUAUUUUAGUACAGUACAUUUUGCAUUACCUAGGUACUUCAUACCACACAAUAAAAGAGUAAAUGUUAAAA